AUGGACGCAUUUGGCGGUCUUUUAUUUGGGUUGAUUACUAGCAGGAUUAGUUUCAUAGAAAAACUCGACGUCAGCGUCACAUUGUCAUAUACAGAAAAGCCAAACACCAAUAUCAUAUCAACGACAUUGAUGGAAACAGAAGAGAUGAGGUUUAUCGACUCCCUCACGAGCCCAGAGUCCGACAAUCCAUUCCCCAAGUACUGGCGGGAACAAUCCGUCAGCUCGUCAAAUCAUUCUUCUCCUCCACUGUCGAAAGCUCUUGAAGAUCUUUUCCGGAAUAUCACGCUGUCACUCAUGAGCUCCAAUAUAUUCCACAUCUACAUCUACAACCGACCGAUUCUCUGGGCUGCCUACGGCACCGCUCGCGGCGCCACAGCGCUUAGUUCCAUUGCAGGAGUCUUGGUGUAUUUCUCCAAUGGUGGCUCCUAUGGCACUAAGUUUUCAACGGUGUUUAGGGUCACCCAGGGCGCCAAGGUAUCGACAAACCUCAGCAUGAAAGACUACAGCGGCUUCGACCCGCUUCCUGAUCACAUUGCAAAAGCAAAAAUGACACUCGGCUAUAACCCGGACUAUCCUGUCAGGGUGUCAUCCACAGCCCCACUGGACCAGCCUCAUCAACAUCCAACGGAUUCUAGUCAACUGCUCGAUACUACGACCGGGGAUUCGAAUAAGAGCUCUGGACCCUAG